CACACCUGUGUUGCUAAUGCAUGGAUUAUUGGAUUCGUCAGCGACAUGGGUGAUGAUGGGGCCCGAUAAGGGAUUAGCCUAUCUCCUCUACAACUCCAGCUAUGAUGUAUGGAUGCCGAAUGUGCGCGGCAACACCUACUCGCGCAAUCACACCAAGUACAGUACGAAACAUGCGAAAUUCUGGGAUUUUACCUUCCAUGAAAUUGCCAAAUAUGAUUUACCGGCCAGCAUUGAUUAUAUACUGGCGCAGACGGGCCAAGAGCGACUACAAUACAUUGGACACUCACAGGGCACUAUGACCUUUUGGAUAAUGUGCAGCGAGCGUCCAGAGUAUAGUGACAAGAUUAUAUCAAUGCAGGCAUUGGCGCCUAUAGCCUAUAUAAAGCACAGCAAAAGUCCGGUGGUGGAUUUUUUGGCUUACUUUCAAGAGCCAAUCGGGAUACUUUUGAAACUCAUUGGCGCUCAUGAAUUCUUACCCAGCACCGAAUUCAGGGUAAUGUUCAGUCAAUUAAUCUGCGAUGAGGAUGUCAUUACAAUGGAAAUUUGUUCAAAUAUAUUGUUUUUGAUCGUCGGUUUCGAUAAAUCGGAGGCAAACGAGACAAUGCUGCCUGUUGUCCUCGGCCACUCACCCGCGGGUGCCUCCACCAAGCAAAUGCAGCAUUACGGCCAACUAAAACGCUCGGGAGAAUUCCGCCAAUUCGAUUACGGUUGGAUACGCAACUACUGGAUCUACAAUCAGAUCACACCGCCCAAUUAUAAUUUGAAGAAAGUGCGCAGCAAAGUGGCGCUGCACUACUCACAGAACGAUUGGCUGGCGACGCCAAUCGAUAUCGAGGAACUCCACGUGCAGCUACCGAAUGUGAUCGGUAAAUUUCUAGUGAGCUUUCCGAAGUUCAAUCAUUUGGAUUUUGUUUGGGGCGUGGAUGCACGUAAGCUGUUGUACGAUCGAAUUUUGCGGCUGAUGAAAUUGGUUGAGCGUGGCGACCUCUGAAGCGAAACCGAAGACCGUUCUCUUAGUUGGGAGCGCUCUUCAGUAGAAGUUGAGGAGCCAUGGUGUAACAUUGAGAUAUUUUUUUCACGAAUUUCUAUAGCUUUUUAAGGUAUCUGUACGCAUAAGUGAUAUGUACAUAUAUAAAUUUUAACUUACAUACGUCUAUGUAUAUUUAAGUCCUUCUACGUGGGUAUUAUAGAUAUUAUUUUUACAGUCAUGUGUAAAAUAAUAGGUACACGACAUUUUGACCGUCUUCACUAACUAUUAUUCUUUUGUUUGUUUAAUGUUUAAUAUUUCUUUUU